CAAGAACACAACUCCGCCGGAUAUCAUUACACUGAAACUCGCAGCCGACCUUUUAUCACAUCUCAUCCUCACUGAGUAGAGGAAGUAGAACCAUGACUUUCGAACUAGAAGAAGCCGGUACCCCAGACCUGGAAGAAUUGGGAGUUGUCCUAGGGAAAGCAUACAUAAACGACCCGAUCCUGAGUCAGCUCAUGCCAGGUGUCGAUCAAGCUAUUCAAGAUAAUUUCUGGACUGCUUGGUUGAGAGGCGACCAUAAGAAGCCCGGGGAGAAAUUGUUCAAGAUCGUGGAUACCGAUACUGGGAAGAUUGUAGCUUUCGAGAAAGUUCGGUAUCCUGCGAAACCAGCUGAAAAUGGUGAGGAGGAACAUGAAGCCCCGCCUGAGGGAACGAAUGUGGAGUUGUUGAUGCAUUGGUUCGAGCAAAUGGACCUAUAUCAAGAUAAACAUAUGGAUUUCGAGAAGGAUUGUUGUAAGGACUCACGCCACCAUUCCCGGCCUGACCUCUGUCGCGGGCGAUUGGGCAGGCGAUUAGGCAGGCGAUUAGGUGAUCCGUGAUCCGUAACAUUACCCCCCCCUUUCGAAGAACGACGUCCUCGUCGUUUGAUCCAUUUCUUUAUCAUCGUCCAAUUCAUCAUAAUUGUCACGUCCUUCGUCGUACGCCUUUUGCCAGGCACGGAGCGCCUUAGGGGGGUUACUUUGCUCUGAAUUAUCGAAGUAAUACGCUG